AAAUAAAAUACUAGUGGAGUGCGGCAACCGGCUGUUCCACUGUCGUCGAUAGGAGUUCUCGGAGCCAUCCUCCCCCGGUUUCUCUGGUUCUUUCUCUCUCCGCUCAAAACCUGCACACCCUUCCCCCCCCUUCCCCCUAGUCACGCGCUCACAAGCGCACAUGAUGCCUAGCAACUUCCCCUCCCAAAUUAUGUUAACAGAAACAGAAACAGAAGCAAAACUAUAAUUCCUUAAUAGUAGAAACUCUGACUCACACGAACAGAUUGUCGCAUAGAGAGAGAGAGAGAGAGAGGGGGAUAACCCGCGGUGCCCUAUAAAUCCGCAGAGAUGGCGUCAAUGAAGGUAAUGGCGUCUUCGACUUCGAGGAAUUCGGAUCUGGCGCGGCGUUCCUCUACAAAAUCCCCUUCGAUCCCUGAGCUGCACCUCCAAAAUAGCAGCAAUAGCAGCAACGACGGCAAAAGCAACGCCAACAAAACAACCAAAACCAGCAAAGAUCGCCAUCUGGCUAAGAACAAUCGCGCGCCAAUGACCGUCGAUGGCCUCUUGGGCAACGUCUACGGCGAGUCUCCGGCCUCCGAGAACACCUUGCUCGACGCUGAGAUCACACUGAUCGAUGCGGCCGCCAACAUCCCUAACGGCGACGCGAGCGGUCCUUCUUCCACUACUAGGCAGGAGAGCUCCUCGCCAGGUGCUCAAAAGACAGUUGAUGAUGUGUGGAAGGAGAUCGUGGCUGGUGGAAGCGAGCGGAAAGAGUGUAAGGAGGAAGCGCCAGACGAGAUGAUGACUCUGGAGGAUUUUCUGGCGAAGGCGGGCGCUGUAGAAGAAGAGGACGUGAAGGUGCCACCAGCGGAUAGGCUGAGUGGCGGGAUUUUCACAUUUGAUCCCAUUCCACCAAGUCCGUAUCAGCCGCAGCAUGUGGAAGGAUCUGUGAUUGGAUUCGGUAAUGGAGUUGAGGUGAUCGGAGGGAGAGGGAAAAGAAGGGCUGUUUUGGAGCCAUUGGAUAAGGCAGCUCAGCAGAGACAGCGGAGGAUGAUUAAGAACAGAGAAUCUGCGGCAAGGUCAAGAGAACGGAAGCAGGCUUACCAAGUUGAACUAGAAUCACUGGCAGCUAGACUAGAGGAGGAGAAUGAGCAGCUGUUGAGGGAGAAGGCAGAGCGAACAAAGGAAAGGUUUAAGCAGCUCAUGGAAAAGUUGGUCCCCAUUGUUGAGAAGCGAAAACCAGCACGUGCCCUCCGGAGAGCUCGCUCUUUGUGGUGGUAGAUUUCUUGUUACCUGUUCAAAAGUAGAAAAUGGAGAGCAAUCCCUAGUCUGACAUAACAGGAAGGAGCAGCUUCUGCUCUGGGGAAACAAAUUCUGUUUUGGAAUCAGAAUUUCUUCUCAGCAGCCAUUUGUAUGAGAGCAAGCAGAGUGCAGUAUCUCGGGGAAAAAAAAUUGUAGAAGAAAUGCAGUUCAAGGGAAAUUCCUCAUUAGCGGAGACCAGUCUUCUAUUAGGGGGAAGGUUUUACUAAAAUGUGUCAAGUUGGUUCUUGUAGUUACCAGAGAAGAUUUGGGUAUUAAGAGUGUCGAAGUUGGUUCUUGUAGCUAGCAGUUAUUGAAAGACGCGCCUCGUUCUCCCCAUUCCAUUUGCCGAUGCGAGGAAGGACAGGCUUCUGGACUAUAACAUAUAUAUAUAUAUAAUAUUAUUAAUGUGUUAUUAACAGCAGUAGUCAACACUGAAGAUUGGCGGCUGAUGUCUCUCGUGCGCUGUCUAAAUUUCAACUGUGAAUUGUGUUCUCACAUAGGAGGAAAAAAGAUUCGGGGGUUGCUGCGGAAGGCCCUGGUGUGAAUAUUUUAUUUUAUUUUAUUUUAAUCUUUGUUGUUUGAAGGCACAAAUUUGAACGAGAUGUUCUUGUCCAGAAGUGCUUGCGUGCAAGCAUCUCCGUUGAGAAUACAGAACAGUUGAAAAGCA